AUGCGGAUAAUACACUUUACUUUCGGCUUUGUCUGCCGUCACCAACAACGGAUGUUCACAAACCAACGCCUUGGAGCCAAAGUAUCGGAACGCGAAUCCGCAGAUCAAAGAGAUUGGCUUCAACGACUGAGAAUAUAUAGCAAAUCCCGUCCUUUGGUUAAUUCGGCCACUCAGCAAAAUGAAUUUUCCUAGAAAAAAGGUGCCUCUCCGAGGUCUCUCCCAAAAGCUCAAAUUGGCUCGAUUUGAAGUCCGCGCCACACAGACGAAUUUCCAGAAAAAGGGGGCGAAGCUUUUUGUUAAAAUCACCUGGAGUGAAACCUGCGUCAGUUCAACUUCAUAUUUGUUUUAAAGCGGAGAUUAUGACCCAACACAUGACAUGAUUGAGCAAAGCUAUAUUGGGCGACAAUGAGAUAUCGAAGAACAAUAGACGUUGAUGGGUAUCCGUCUUAACUUAAGUACCGACAUUGUUCUCGCUUGCGACAUCAUCUCCAUAAAAAAAACUCUCAAAAGGAUUUUUUCUCGAAACUGCGGAAGUCUCGAGAGACAUAUCCGAUUUUCCUCUCAAAAAACGACCACCAAGGUUUUCAGUCUGAAAAGUACUCAAAGAUCAAAAAUCCUUGCGCUUAGACUCCAACUUUUUCAUCUGAAAACUUGUUCUCAAACGAUCUUAUGUUAUAAACUAGACUUCAUCUCCUUCUUUUCACACAAGAGGGAAAGCAGGAUUCCCAUUUAGUGUCAGAAUCUAAUUUGGCAGAUUCUGGAAACAACUCGGCGUUCUAGACGCCUAGUUAGUUCAUGCAUGAAAAACAAACUCAGCUUGAUACUGCCGAAAAGCUGAGAUUUUCUGACAAAAAAAAUUUCAUUUUUCUCUGCACUACUGGUCACGACGAACAUUCUUCCUGCUGUUCAGAGAUAAGCGGCUGAACAUUGAGAAAAUCGAACUGGCGGUUUUUAGCAUGCUCGGAAACCGAGAAGGGGGAGUCGCCGCCGCUUAGCCUCCAUACGGUAUCGAUAGGCUCCGCCCAUCGCAUAUUCGCCGUCCUACGUGAGGCGCUGCAGGAUAUAUAAGCACGAGCAGGGCUUGCUGCUCAUUUACAGCCAUCUGCUAGCUCCACCCAGCUCUCAAUUCGCGACAGCUCCAUCCAAAGUCGCCUCGAUGCUCGUCGCCCUAGUUCUUCUCGCCGGAGUUCCUGCCGCCAUGGCUCUCACCUGCUGGGAAAACGACCGUGCGGUCAGUUUACUUCCCUUUUUCUCAAAAGCCUUUCUCGUUUCACGACGCUUACUUGAUUCGUCAAAUCUGGGAGCUUUUCGUGAGCGUGUCGGUUUUUAUUUUAUUUGUGAAUUAAACUGAACAAUUUUCCUCAAAAUCUACGUUUUUUGUUCAGAAAGAAGCUUACGAGGUAUCGAAUCCAAACUGGCACUACUGCGCGUACAUUCCUGGAGAGAAUGGGCAGGAAAGCAAAGUUUUCGGCAUAGGUAGCACGACUUUUGAACGAAAAAUGAGAAACAUCCUCGGCUUCAGGAAGUGAGGAAGACUCGCUAGUGCCGUACGACACGACUUUCCAACAAACAGACAGCAUCUACAAGGUUCUGACGGUUUGCCUUUACGAGGUGAGUGCUGCUACCAGUCCAAGUCCAGUUCUAAACGUGAUGAAUUGCAGAAGUACGACAUGACGAAGCUGGGAGGACGCUUCAAGGCGGCCGAGUACCUGUUCCGAUGCGUCUGCAACUACGACCUGUGCAACGCGCCGUCCAACUUCCCGCAGUACCUGAAGCAGCAGCGAGAGCGACCUUAA